AUGGGGUUGCAUCUGAAGCAUGAUAAUCAAUGUAAUCCCAUAGAGAGCGAAGUAAGAUUGAGGAUCUUUUGGACGAUUCAAAAGAUGGAUAUCUCUAUGUCGGCAAUUCUUGGAUAUCCCAAGAUUCUUGAUCUGGAUACUAUUGACCAAGAAAUGCCGACAGAGGUAUUCGACGUGAAUAUAACUGAGUCUAGUGAGAAUGGCUACCCAGUAGCAAAAUGGUCAUCAUUACUGCAAGCAUCCAACGCUCAUAUGCGGUUAAUCUUGAUACUUGAUAAAGUAAUCAAGUACAUCUAUCCCAACAAUAGAGUGGGAAGAUCCGUUAAUGAAGCUUUGGAUACUGGGCAUAUUGUUGACCACGCCAUCGUGCGGGAAAUCGAAAAUGAUCUUCAGCGAUGGCGUCAAGGGUUACCAAUGGGUAUCCUUUCUGGCAGAAGUGAAAAUCAUCAAAGCUACUGCACGCAACAACUUUUAAGCCUCGUUUAUGCUCACGUGCAGAUGAUGCUUUAUAGACCAUUCUUGUCAUACAUCUCCGGAAAUGCUUUUGUCGACGCAAAUAAAAACAAAAAGUCACAGGCUUGCGCUUCUGCCUACUUUGGAGUAUGUCAGAAUGUGAUUCGAAUCGUGAAGGAGUUGCAAGAACGUGGAUUAGCCAUUGGACCGAGAUGGUUUACGAUAAAUAUCACAUCAUUUGCCACUCUGUCCUUGGUUUAUUUCAACUGUCAGCGGACUAAUUUGUCUCGACCAUCGGACCUUCAUCCUGACCCUCAAGUGGGACAUGAGGCGACCAAGGUUAUAGCGCAAAGAAAACGGGAUGCAUGCAGCUUUUCAUCAGCCUUUCAGACUCUAUCGAGACAAAUAUCGCCAAAGACCAUGUCUAGCAUCAGAGGUACAGUAGCAUCAACUCACAGUAAGGAGGUAUUACCUAUCUCAGCAACCUUAUCGGUCGAAAGAGAGCAAAUUCAGACUAGGUCUGACUCACGCUCAUGUCUUCCGGAGGAGGCCCCUAAUUGUGAGCCUACAAACCAAAGGCUAGAAUGGGAUAAUGAAAAUGUAGCCGAAGUCUCAAAUCUUGCCAGCAAUACUAGACAAGAUUCAGUAUUGACUCCGUGUGAGAGGUCGGAUGACGAGAUUUUCGAGUUUAUAAAUUUUGAAGGCGAUGAGGGUUUGAAGGGUUUUGACACGCAAAAUGAAAGUGUGGCGGGAACUUGCUCUCUAGAUAUGGAAUCAAUCCAGGAUAUACCUACUGAAUCUACGGAUCUGGCCUUCGAAAGCAUGUCAAUGGACAACUUCAUUCAUUCUUGGAAAUAUGAUAAUGGGGUUCCUGAUUUAGACGAAAUGAUUGAGACCGGGAUAUGUUUGGCAGAGAGUAGAAAUGGAGCGAGUUUUGGUCCUCGGAACCAGAAGGAUAAUAUAAUGGGACCAAAGUUUCGAAUUAAAAUUCAAGAAUAA